UCUGGACAAGUCAUACUGGGAAAGUUCAUUCUUCUAUCCAAUUCAUUGACUUCCAUCCCUGACUCACUAAAGGGCUUUGAUCUGGUGCAUUGGUUCCAGUAUUGAGUCAUGGUGGUUCACAGGAUAGACACUGUGUGGUCGGGCCAUAAUAAUAAUAAAAUUGUUUGACACUACAUUUUAACCGGUGGGACGGGAGCGCGCACAGCUCCCCCCUGCCUCACACUCAGCCCUCAGCAAGCUGAGCCUGUUGUCACUGCAAUGAACGGGGACGGGUGGUUAUGGAUCUACUUUAAUGCGUUUCAUUAUUUUUAUUUAGGAUGGAGAGUUUAUGUGCAGGCAAGGCAGCGGGAGGAAUCCGACGUCUAGAACUGAGAAGGAGGAGGAAUUGCCGAAAAAGAUGAUUUUUUUUUUUUUUUUUUUUUGCUAAGGUUGUAAUAGUAAAAAUAGUUUUUUGAAAGUUAUUUCCAGGUAUGGGCAACGAAAUGAGAGUAGUAGAAGACCGUUUUUUUUUGUUUUGUUUUGUUUUUUGGUUUUUUUUUUUCGAUGAGUAAGCUGUCUGUUUUUGGGACGGAGAAUUAAAAAAACAAACCCUAUUUUUGUGUAUGUUAUUAAUUAUAUGUGAAGGCAUUUGGAAUCGGCGCAGCUGCAGCUGAGUUGCUCGGCACCGUAAAUAUUGUAAAUUUGACUGAGAAAGAGAAACGGGAAGGGAUACAUUAUAAAAACGGACUGGUAGUGAUUCACUGAGAGAAGAACAUACCUUUUUUUGUUUCAAGGUUUAUAAAAUUGGGAGAAACAUCCGAUUUUAUUAAAACCAAAACGGGGACGAACUAAACAGGCUGAGCAGAUUUAAAGAAAACGAAAAAGACCAUACUGACUGAAGUGUGAACGCUGUUGUGAGCUCGUGAGGGUGUGUCUGUUUCCCCCCACCCCGUAAUCUCGCACCACCAUGAGCUGGGGCUUCCUGACACGGCUGCUUGAGGAGAUCCACAACCAUUCCACCUUCGUGGGGAAGCUGUGGCUGACCGUGCUCAUCGUCUUCCGCAUCGUGCUGACGGUUGUGGGUGGUGAGUCCAUCUACUACGACGAGCAGAGCAAGUUCGUGUGCAACACGGCCCAGCCAGGUUGCGAGAACGUCUGUUACGACGCCUUCGCCCCGCUCUCCCACGUGCGCUUCUGGGUCUUCCAGAUCAUCGUGGUGACAACCCCCUCCGUCAUGUACCUGGGCUACGCCGUGCACAAGAUCGCGCGCAACGAGGAGGGGCACAGCUGCCAGCCGGGGGGCUUCGGCUGCGACAGUAAGCAGCGACGCAAGCUGUUCAGGGGGGCCAGGAAGCAGCAACGCGGCAUCGAGGAGACCGAAGAGGACAACGAGGAGGAGAACCCAAUGAUCUACGAGGAGCCUGAGCAAGAGAGCUGUAACGAGGGGAACAACGCGGGCGCCGCGGGGCCGGCCAGGGCCACAUCGGGGAAGGCAGGGCGGCACGACGGGCGCCGGCGCAUCAAAGAGGAUGGGCUGAUGAAGAUCUAUGUGAUGCAGCUGCUGGCACGCACCUCCCUAGAGCUGGGCUUCCUCGGGGGGCAGUACGCCCUGUACGGUUUCGAGGUGUCCCCCACCUACACAUGCGAGCGCAGCCCCUGCCUCCACAAGGUGGACUGCUUCAUCUCGCGCCCCACCGAGAAGACCAUCUUCCUGCUUAUCAUGUAUGCUGUCACCCUGCUCUGCCUAGUCAUCAACCUGUGGGAGAUGCUGCACCUGGGCUUGGGCACCAUCCAUGAUGUGCUGCGCAGAAAACACCAGCCCCUCGAGGAGGGGUACCAACUCCGCCAGCCCCCUGCCAGCGCCCCCUACUCCUACCCCUUCACCUGGAACGCCCCCUCCGCGCCUCCCGGCUACAACAUCACGGUGAAGCCGGAGCAGAUCCCCUACACUGACCUGAGCAACGGCAAGAUGGCCUGCAAGCAGAACAAAGCCAACAUCGCGCAGGAGGAGCAGCAGCAGUACGGUAGCAACGAGGACAACUUCCCUGGCACCAGCCCGGCCGCAGAGCAGAGAGAGUACCAUGCAGCUCAGCACUGGCUGGAGACUACCAUCCAGACCUACAACCAGAACCACCACAGCCACAGCCCACACCACCAGCACCAGAACAUCCCCAUCGCAGCCAAGGACAACAAGAAGCAGCAUAAGCCCUGCUCCAGCAGGGGAGAAGGGGGAGCCAGCAGCAGCAGCAGGUGCCUGGAAGGGAAGUCCUCCGUUUGGAUUUAGAGACGA